AUGAAGAGAGAAGACAUCACAUACCUGGGUGCUGGCCCUGCCGCCCUGCCUACAAACGUCCUUGCAACCGCCGCAGAGGCCCUCCAGAACUAUGAGGGCACCGGAUUGGGCGUGGCCGAACACAGCCAUCGCAGCGAAUUGGCGUCUGGUAUCUUGAAUACUAUGAAAGCGGAUCUGUCGAAUUUCCUUGACAUUCCGGACGAGUUUGAGAUUUUGAUCAUGCAGGGCGGUGGCUCCGGUCAAUUCGAUGCGACGGUAUACAACCUUACGGCGAUCUGGGUUGAGAGGCAGAGACAGAAGAUCCUGAAGGAGAAGGGCGACAUUUCAGAGGAGGAUGUCAUUACUGAGCUGCGCAAGAAGGUCGAGGCAGAGUUCCGGGUGGAUUAUUUGGUUACUGGAUCAUGGUCGCUCAAGGCCAGCCAGGAGGCAGUGCGACUCCUCGGACCCGAAUACGUGAACGUCGCCAGUGACGCGCGGACAGCGAACAACGGGAAGUUCGGUAAGAUCGCGGACGAGUCGACAUGGAAGCUGAGCCCUAAGGCGGCGAUGGUGUAUCUCUGCGAGAACGAGACUGUCGACGGUGUCGAGUAUCCCGCUUUCCCCAAGGUCCUUGAGUCGAAGGGCUCCGAGGAUGACCCUAUUGUCAUUGGAGAUUUUUCGUCUACCAUUCUUUCAAGGCGCAUCCCCUUUGAGAACUUCUCUAUCGUCUACUUUGGAGCUCAGAAGAACCUGGGUAUGGCCGGUAUCACUGGCGUUAUCAUUCGCAAGAGCCUGCUCCCACCUGUCUCUCCUCCGUGCUCGCCAACUAUUCUGCGGAAGCUCGGAUUGCCUGUUGCGCCGACUAUCCUUGAUUACUCUGUUUGCCAGAAGAACAACAGCCUUUACAACACUCUCAGCAUCUUCGAUGUAUACGUUGCUGGACAGGUCAUCAAGAAGCUCCUGAAUGACUUCCCCGACAAGGUCGACGGACAGCAGGCUGUUGCUGAGCGGAAAGCACGCAAGGUCUACGAUACUCUGGAGGCUUAUCCUGAGAUCUACCGCAUUGUCCCAGACAAGGCCGUGCGCUCACGCAUGAACAUCUGCUUCCGGGUUGUCAAGAACGGAAACGUCGACGAAGCCGAAAAGACCUUCCUCAAGGGCGGCACUGAGCGCGGCAUCACCGGCAUGAAGGGCCACAGAAGCGUUGGAGGCAUCCGCGUUUCAAACUACAAUGCCAUUCCUGAAUCUGGUAUCGACAAGCUUGUUGUAUACCUAAAAGAAUUCGCUACGUUAUAG